AUGGCGGAGCAUUGGCCUCAUUUUCCUUUCAUUCCCUAUCCACCUUCAAAGGCUGGAUAUUGGAGUCCGGUGACGUCGACUCUGAAUUGGUGUGAAGAGGAUUACUAUGCCACGCCAUAUUCUGCAGAGAUUGUGAACUCGGUAACGAACUUCUUGUUCAUGUUAUUAGGUAUCAAGGGAGUGUUGAAUGUUCGGAAACAUGGUCACGACAAGGUGUUUGAGAUCGCCUUCUAUGGAUACCUGAUUGUUGGAAUGGGCAGUUUUCUGUUUCAUUCUACGUUAAAGUAUCCCAUGCAGCUGGUUGAUGAACUCUCCAUGAUCUACACGACCUGCCUCAUGUGUUACGCUUCCUUUUCGUACUCGCGAUCAUCGUCAACCAAAAUAUUCCUUGCCGUGACACUCGCCGGACUCGCGGUGUUCAUCACAUUAUACUACCACUACCUACAAGACCCUGCCUUCCAUCAGAAUGCCUACGCGCUUCUCACCACCGUCGUCGUGUUCCGAAGCAUGUACAACAUGGAAGUCGCGUUGCGCCCGAAAUGGCGUAAAUCCCGCGAAGAAGAUCGCCUCGCUCGGGAGAGGAAAGGGCUUCCGGUCCUUAGCAAGGAGAGACAAGAAUACGAAAAUACGCGCGAUCUCAAGACUUUGAAGAUAAUGUGGUCCAUGGUGAUUUAUGGUCUGGCAAUGUUCCUGGGCGGGUUUGCGAUCUGGAAUUUGGAUAAUGUCUUCUGCACCACGUUGCGGAGUUGGAGGCAGCGGAUUGGCUUGCCGUGGGGGAUCUUUCUUGAGGGUCAUGGUUGGUGGCAUCUUAUGACCGGAAUCGGCGCAUACCUCUACAUCGUCUGGGGAAUCUGGUUGCGACACAUCCUGAACAAGGAACAAGAGGAUUACACUCUUAUAUGGCCGCAUACUUGGAAUUUCCCUGAAAUAAUCCGCAACCCAGAUGCUCCAUCGAAAAAGACAAAAUAA